AUGAUUUAUUUACUCCAACCUCCAACUGAAGAAGAUUACAUAGCCAUCAAUGACGAAUUUUACAAAAAGUGGAAUUUUCCAAACGUUGUUGGUUGUAUUGAUGGCAAACACAUUCGCAUUAGAUGUCCAAACCGAUCUGGUUCCAUUUAUUACAAUUAUAAAGAUUUUUUUUCAAUAGUCCUAAUGGCAGUUGUUGAUGCCAACAGCAAAUUCAUUGCCAUUGAUGUAGGCAGUUUUGGAAGAGAGGGCGACUCCGGUAUAUUUUCUAGGUGUAAUUUGGGAAAAUCCAUAAAAGAAUCUUUUCUUCCAAUCCCACCUCCGAAAAAAUUGCCAGAUACCGAUGUUGUACUCCCUCAUGUAAUCUUGGGAGACGAAGCAUUUCCACUUCUACCGAAUCUCAUGAAACCGUACCCACGGAGUCAAAGCCUAAUUGAUAGAUCGAAGGCAAUUUUUAAUUACCGUCUAUCACGUUCACGAAGAAUAGUGGAAAAUGCUUUUGGUAUCCUGACUAGUCGAUUCAGGAUAUUUUCCACUCCAAUACAUCUGAAUGUGACCACCGUUGAAAAUGUAGUAGUAUCUGCGUGCAUUCUCCAUAACAUUCUAUCAGAUGACAACAGACAUACACAAUCACAGUUGGAUGCUGAUCCUUCAGAUUUGAUAUCCAUCGAAGAUUAUGGAGAAAUUGAAGGUGAUUUUGGUGAACCGAAAGAAAUCAGAGAUAAAUUCAAAGACUAUUUCAAUGGCACUGGUGCCGUUUCAUGGCAAAACGAAACAAUUCGCCUAUGA